AUGGCGAGAUCAGAUCCAGGUUUGCACAGGCAGCAGUUUUUCCUCCAGCGACCCUCGAACGUGGUGGCCAUGGAAGGGAAGGAUGCUGUGCUGGAGUGCUGCGUUUCUGGGUACCCCCCUCCCACCUUCACGUGGCUGCGAGGCGAUGAAGUUCUCCCCAUCAGGUCCAGAAAAUAUUCGUUACUUGCUGGCAGCAACCUACUCAUCACCAACGUGACCGACGACGACUCUGGGACGUACACGUGCGUAGUCACCUACAAAAACGAGAACAGCAGCGGUUCUGCAGAGCUGUCGGUGAUGGUUCCACCGUGGUUUUUAAUUCGCCCUUCGAAUCUUUACGCCUACGAGAGUAUGGACAUUGAGUUUGAAUGUGCCGUGUCUGGUAAGCCCGUUCCUACGGUGGAGUGGAUCAAGAAUGGAGAAGUGGUCAUUCCUAGCGACUAUUUCCAGAUAGUGGUUGGCAGCAACUUACGGAUUCUGGGCUUGGUAAAGUCAGAUGAAGGUUUUUAUCAGUGUGUAGCUGAAAGUGAAGCUGGAAACGCACAGGCCGGUGCACAGCUAAUCAUCCCAGAGCCUGCUGUCCCAAGCUCCAGUGUCCUCCCCUCUGCCCCCCGAGAUGUGGUCCCUGUUUUGGUCUCCAGCCGAUUUGUCCGUCUCAGCUGGCGCCCACCCGCAGAGGCCCGAGGCAGCGUCCAGGCUUACACCUGUCUCUUCUCCAGGGAUGGCGUCAACAGGGAACGGGCAGUCAACACGUCUCAAUCUGGGACGCUUCAACUUACCGUGGGUAACCUGAAACCGGAGGAGACUUACACCUUCCGAGUGGUGGCGUACAACGAGUGGGGACCAGGAGAGAGCUCGCAGCCCGUCAAGGUCGCCACGCAGCCGGAGUUGCAAGUCCCCGGGCCGGUGGAAAACCUUCGGGCUGUGUCUACCUCACCUACCUCGAUUCUCCUCUCCUGGGAUCCUCCUGCCUAUGCGAACGGCCCCGUUCAAGGCUACAGGCUCUUCUGUACGGAGACAGCGACUGGGAGAGAGCAGAACGUGGAAGUGGACGGGCUUUCCUACCGCUUGGAGGGGCUGAAGAAGUUCACGGAGUAUACCCUGCGCUUCCUCGCCUACAACCGCUACGGCCCUGGAGUCUCCACCGAGGACGUGACGGUCACCACGCUGUCGGAUGUGCCCAGUGCGAUGCCUCAGAACGUCUCCUUGGAAGUGGUUAACUCCAGGAGCAUCAAAGUUAGCUGGUUGCCUCCACCACCAGGUACUCAAAAUGGAUUUAUUACGGGCUAUAAAAUCCGACAUAGAAAGACUACCCGCAGGGGUGAGAUUGAAACACUGGAGCCAAACAACCUCUGGUACUUGUUCACAGGACUUGAGAAGGGAAGCCAAUACAGUUUCCAGGUGGCUGCCAUGACGGUGAACGGGACAGGGCCCCCCUCGGACUGGUACACAGCAGAAACACCCGAGAACGAUCUCGAUGAAUCUCAGGUUCCUGACCAGCCAAGCUCUCUUCAUGUCAGGCCCUUGACAACAAGUAUUGUCAUGAGUUGGACUCCUCCACUGAACCCAAACAUUGUCGUCCGCGGGUACAUCAUCGGCUACGGCGUGGGCAGUCCCUAUGCCGAGACCGUGCGAGUGGACAGUAAACAGCGUUAUUACUCCAUUGAAAAUUUGGACCCCAUUGAUCCAUUAGAAGUUGAUUUUUAUCCUUUGCUUGAUGAUUUCCCUACCUCAGUCCCAGAUAUCUCCACCCCCAUGCUCCCACCAGUAGGUGUCCAGGCUGUUGCACUUACGCAUGAUGCAGUGAGGGUCAUCUGGGCAGACAACUCUGUCCCAAAGAACCAAAAGACUACGGAGGUUCGCUUCUACACGGUCCGAUGGAGAACGAGCUAUUCAACCAGUGCUAAGUACAAGUCGGCAGACACGACCGCUCUGAGUCACACCGUGAUCGGUCUGAAGCCAAACACCAUGUACGAGUUCUCCGUCAUGGUCACCAAAGGACGGCGGUCCAGCACCUGGAGCAUGACUGCCCACGCCACCACCUACGAAGCAGCUCCAACCUCGGCUCCCAAGGAUUUGACAGUCAUUACACGGGAAGGGAAGCCCCGAGCUGUCAUUGUCAGCUGGCAGCCGCCGCUGGAAGCCAAUGGGAAAAUUACUGCUUACAUCCUCUUCUACACUUUGGACAAGAACGCUCCCAUUGAUGACUGGGUUAUGGAGUCCAUCAGCGGCGACCGACUCACCCACCAGAUCAUGGACCUCAACCUGGACACCGUCUACUACUUCAGAAUCCAAGCGCGCAACGCCAAGGGUGUGGGGCCCCUCUCUGAUCCCAUUUUCUUCCGGACGCUGAAAGUCGAGCACCCUGACAAAAUGGCUAAUGACCAAGGUCGACACGGGGAUGGCGCUUACUGGCCGGUGGAAACCAACCUCAUUGACAGGAGCAGUCUGAACGAGCCCCCCAUUGGGCAGAUGCACCCUCCCCACGGCAGCGUCACACCCCAGAAGAACAGCAACCUCCUCGUCAUCAUCGUCGUCACCGUCGGCGUCAUCACCGUGGUGGUGGUGGCGGUGGUGGCCGUCAUCUGCACCAGGCGCUCCUCGGAGCAGCAGAGGAAGAAACGUGCAACCCACAGCGCUGGUAAAAGGAAGGGCAGCCAGAAGGACCUGAGACCCCCCGAUCUGUGGAUACAUCACGAGGAGAUGGAGAUGAAAAACAUCGAGAAGCCAACGGGCUCAGACCCUGCAGGAAGGGACUCACCAAUGCAGAGCUGCCAGGACAUCACCCCCGUCAGCCACAGCCAGUCAGAAACGCAGCUGGGGAGCAAGAGCACCCCGCAGCCUGGUCCCGAGUCGGAAGACGUUGGGAGCAGCAUGUCCACGUUAGAGCGUUCCCUUGCUGCCCGCAGAGCCACCCGUGCCAAGCUCAUGAUUCCCAUGGAUUCACAACCAAACAACCCUCCCGUGGUCAGUGCCAUUCCAGUGCCAACACUCGAAAGUGCCCAGUACCCCGGGAUCCUGCCGUCCCCGACCUGCGGGUACCCUCACCCACAGUUCACCCUUCGGCCGGUGCCGUUCCCGACCCUCUCUGUGGACAGGACCUUUGGAGCAGGGAGAACUGUUAACGAAGGACCAGCACCACAGCAGCCAUCCUUGCUGCCGCAGACGCAGCCUGAGCACCCCAACACCGAGGAUGCCCCGAGCAGAACCAUCCCCACUGCCUGCGUCCGCCCUACUCACCCUCUCCGCAGCUUUGCCAACCCCUUGCUACCUCCACCCAUGAGUGCAAUAGAACCGAAAGUCCCUUAUACACCACUUCUGUCUCAAACAGGGCCUAAUCUCCCCAAGGCUCAGGUUAAAACAGCAUCCCUUGGCUUGGCAGGAAAAGCCAGGUCACCUCUGCUGCCCGUCUCGGUGCCCACGGCCCCGGAGGUCGCAGAAGAAGGCCACAAGCAGACGGAGGACUCCGCCAACGUUUAUGAGCAGGAUGAUCUGAGUGAACAGAUGGCCAGUUUGGAGGGGCUAAUGAAGCAACUCAAUGCUAUCACAGGCUCAGCCUUCUAACAGCUCUUGAUGAAGCGAUAAUUAUCCCGGAGCAUUGCAGCACACCAGGAUUUCACACAUACCACCCGCGUACACCACCCCAUAAAGUCAUCUUGUUCCCGGUACCACUCAUUCAGUGCAAGGAAGAUCCCUGCAAAGUCCUAAAAGGGAGGGAGAAAAAGAAAAGUCAAGAAUAAUAAUGGAAAUGUUACCGAACUGUAAAUCUGGCAUCUAAAAGUGAUGAGAGCGUGGCAAAGCGCAUGAUGUCAUCGCCGUGGAGUCGUAGCUGAUGCCACCAGAUUGCUCAUUUUGAUCUACUAGUCUUCGUAGAGCUCAAGGUGUCAUGACUAGCUCAUGUUUUACUCCGUAGAGGUUUGUAGCUCUUUGUAUAGAUCUAGUCUUACCUCAUGCAAGUAUGUUUUUAAACAUAGGCCAUUCCUUUAAUGAGACGGUGUUGUAAGUCACUUGUUUGUUUGUUGUGCUGGUUUUUUUUUAAAAAAAAAACAAAAACAAACAACACGUAAUUACUGACUACAGAAACAAAUAACCACACCACCACACCAAAAAUUCGGAAGUUUUCCCCAACAGCACAACAAAAAUGAAAAGACAAAUUACAAAUUUCUUUUAUCGGCUCCGUCACUCAUCUCGCACGAGCAGUGGGGAUUAGGGGAGUUGCUGUAAGAUUCAGCCAUUUUCAGCAAGCGUUUGUAAAUCCUCCCGUAGUUACUCUUUUAUGUAUGGCAAACAGAGAACCAGGAAUGUAAAAAAAA